AUGCUACGGUUGCCUAUCCAGGCCCGUGGCCCCAUCAGGGCGCACCGCAAUUCCCUCGUCCGCUAUCGGCAUGCGCCGAAGCCGCAGAUCCGCCCUGUCCGCCGUGGAUUCACCAGCUCGUCAACCACUUUUCCUACGCUGUCCCAAUUCGAUCGCUCGGAUUUCACGAAUCAGCCAUGGACUGGCAGCUAUGAACCGGGCCUCCCUACGGCCGGCCCUCUAGCGUCAGCUCCGGCUUUCGGAGCACCCCGGGUGACCCCCAGAACGUUGAAGCAAUACCUAGACCAGUUUGUCGUCGGCCAGGACCGUGCAAAGAAGAUACUUAGUGUUGCCGUGUUCAAUCAUUACCAACGAGUACAAGAGCUACAAAGACGCGAAGAGGAAAACGCAGCGUUACUAGCGAAGCGUGCGCGCAAGGAAGCAAUUGAACACCAUCCGGUCGAGGACGAAUUUCCAGGUCAGCAGCAAACCAUCCGACUACCCUCCGAAACAGACACAUUGCCUCCCCCGUCGGCGCAGCCUGAACUCGAUGAUUCGUCGGCAUUACAAUUGGAGAAGUCCAACAUCCUUCUGUUGGGACCUUCCGGUGUCGGAAAGACGCUUAUGGCGAAGACACUAGCGAGGAUACUGUCCGUACCAUUCAGCAUUUCCGAUUGUACCCCGUUCACGCAGGCCGGCUACAUUGGGGAGGAUGCAGAAGUAUGCGUCCACAGGCUUCUGGCUGCUGCGAACUAUGAUGUUGAGCAGGCGGAGCGUGGUAUAAUCGUCCUGGAUGAGGUAGAUAAGAUUUCAGCAGCAAAGGUCAGUCACGGGAAGGAUGUCAGCGGCGAAGGAGUGCAACAGGCCCUCUUGAAGCUUAUCGAGGGCACAACCGUGCAAAUACAAGCGAAACAAGAAAGGAGCGCACCUCGCGUCAGCAGUUCACCCAAUACAUUCCCAUCCAACAACCCUCUUGGAAAUUCUCCGUACACGCCCAAUGGAGGGAACGCGCCUCAAAAAGGAGAGGUUUAUAACGUGCGCACGGACAACAUUCUCUUCAUUUUCUCUGGCGCCUUCGUCGGUCUGCACAAAGUGGUCAUGGAUAGAAUCUCUCGCGGGUCGAUCGGCUUUGGCCAACCCGUACGGGGCUCAACUAUCACGAACGACCGGUCGAGAGAAGCCAACCCCGGAAGCAACCAGCCCAUCCCCAUACUACCAGGAUCAGAGGAAGAGGCAUUAUACAAGAAACAUCUCCCCUUUUUCACUUCCGCUUCCUCCAGGUCACCCGACGGCGAGCCAACAUACUUCAACGCCCUGGAUCUUCUCAAUCCCACCGACCUACAAAACUAUGGUUUCAUCCCCGAGCUAGUAGGCCGUGUACCAGUCACCGCCGCCCUCUCCACAUUAACCACUCCUCUCCUUGUACGGAUCCUCACCGAACCCCGCAACUCGCUCCUGGCGCAAUACACUACAUUAUUCAACCUCUCGGGCAUCGAGCUCCGUUUCACCACUCCAGCCCUGCACAAAAUCGCCGCCAACGCCUUCACAAUGGGCACCGGAGCCCGUGCCCUUCGCACCGAGCUAGAAACUAUUCUCAGCGACGCCAUGUUCGAGACCCCGGGCUCAAGCGUGAAAUUCGUCCUCGUCACAGAAUCUGUCGCCGAGCGCAACGAGAAGCCCGUCUAUCUCGCACGCGGCCAAGGCGGCCGUUUUCACUCCCUGAUCGCAGCCGAGGAAAGCAAAUGGGAGGAGAAGAUCCGCCGCGAAAAAGCCGAGCAGGGUAGGGACAAGAGCGCCAAAACACAGCCGUCGGAUGAACUUCCCCCGAUCGCCAGUUUCCGGGAAUUCCGUACUCAGUCGGCUGGCUUCUAG